CCAAGAUGGCGGCCACGGCCAGUCCCGCUUCCUUCGAGGCGGCCCCGCGCAUCCUGCGGCUGGUGGCCGAAUGCAGCCGCUCCAGGGCGCGGGCCGGCGAGCUGCGGCUGCCUCACGGAUCCGUGGCCACGCCGGUGUUCAUGCCCGUGGGGACCCAGGCCACCAUGAAGGGGAUCACCGCCGAGCAGCUGGACGCGCUAGGUUGCCGCAUCUGCCUGGGCAACACUUACCACUUGGGCCUGAGGCCGGGUCCCGAGCUGAUCCAGAAAGCUCAAGGCCUGCACGGCUUCAUGAAUUGGCCCCAUAACCUGCUCACGGACAGUGGCGGCUUCCAGAUGGUGUCCCUGGUGUCGCUGUCCGAGGUGACAGAGGAAGGUGUCCGUUUCCGUUCCCCCUUCAAUGGCGAGGAGAUGCUGCUGAGUCCUGAGAGGUCCUUGGAGAUACAGAAUGCGCUGGGCUCCGACAUCAUCAUGCAGCUGGAUGACGUGGUGAGCAGCACCGUUACUGGACCACGGGUGGAGGAAGCUAUGCACAGGUCCAUCCGUUGGCUGGACCGCUGCAUCGUGGCUCACAAGCGACCAGACAAGCAGAACCUCUUUGCCAUCAUCCAGGGCGGGCUUGAUGCUGAUCUUCGGGCCACCUGUCUGGAAGAGAUGACUAAGAGGGACGUGCCCGGCUUUGCCAUUGGUGGCUUGAGCGGAGGCGAGAGCAAGGACAAGUUCUGGAAGAUGGUGGCACUGAGCACCUCCAGGCUGCCUAAGGACAAACCCCGAUACCUCAUGGGGGUCGGUUAUGCCACCGACUUGGUGGUCUGUGUGGCCCUCGGAUGUGACAUGUUCGACUGCGUUUUCCCCACGAGGACUGCGCGCUUUGGCUCCGCCCUGGUGCCCACCGGAAACCUGCAGCUGAAGAAGAAGCAGUUCCAGAAGGACUUCGGGCCCAUAGACCCCGAGUGUGGCUGCCCCACCUGCAAAAAGCACAGCCGGGCCUUUCUGCACGGACUUCUCCACAGUGACAACACAGGGGCGCUGCACCAUCUUACAGUGCACAAUAUUGCAUACCAGCUGCAUCUGAUGAGCUCAGUCCGCACCAGCAUCCUGGAGAAGCGGUUCCCCGACUUUGUGCGGGAUUUCAUGCGCACCAUGUAUGGGCACCCAACCCUCUACCCCUCCUGGGCCAGGGAAGCGCUGGCAUCGGUGGGCAUCACCCUGGAGGAAGCCGAUGGAGACAGCACAGGGCCGCGGCGGGAAGGAAUGAAUGGAAGAAAUUGAUUGACUCAUUUUUUUUUU